GCGGCGAUGAAUUGGAACGCAGGCGCGGACCCAGGGACCACUCCCCCUGCACAGACAUGAGACCAUAGGGGACCUGUCUGGGUGGCCUCAGGGAUAGGCGCUCCCCAAGGUGUGAAUGAGGCAGGAUGAACUGGACAGGCUUGUACACCUUGCUCAGUGGCGUGAACCGGCAUUCCACGGCCAUUGGUCGCGUAUGGCUCUCGGUCAUCUUCAUCUUCAGGAUCAUGGUGCUGGUGGUGGCCGCGGAGAGCGUGUGGGGUGACGAGAAGUCUUCCUUCAUCUGCAACACCCUUCAGCCUGGCUGCAACAGCGUCUGCUAUGACCACUUCUUCCCCAUUUCCCACGUGCGCCUGUGGUCUCUGCAGCUCAUCUUGGUGUCCACCCCGGCUCUCCUCGUGGCCAUGCACGUGGCUCACCAGCAGCACAUAGAAAAGAAGAUGUUGCGCCUCGAGGGUCACGCGGACCCCCUGCACCUGGAGGAGGUGAAGAGGCACAAGGUCCACAUCUCAGGGACACUGUGGUGGACCUAUGUCAUCAGCGUGGUCUUCCGGCUGCUGUUCGAGGCUGCCUUCAUGUACGUCUUUUAUCUGCUCUACCCCGGCUAUGCCAUGGUGCGGCUCGUCAAGUGUGAGGCCUACCCCUGCCCCAACACGGUGGACUGCUUCGUGUCCCGCCCCACCGAGAAAACCGUCUUCACGGUCUUCAUGCUGGCCGCCUCUGGCAUCUGCAUCAUCCUCAACGUGGCCGAGGUGGUGUACCUCAUCAUCCGGGCCUGUGCUCGCCGAGCCCAGCGCCGCUCCAAUCCGCCCUCCCGCAAGGGCUCGGGCUUCGGCCACCGCCUCUCACCUGAAUACAAGCAGAAUGAGAUCAACAAGCUGCUGAGCGAGCAGGACGGCUCCCUGAAAGACAUACUGCGCCGCAGCCCCGGCACUGGGGCCGGGCUGGCUGAGAAGAGCGACCGCUGCUCGGCCUGCUGAUGCCACGCACCAGGCAACCUCCCAUCCCGCCACACACACACACACACACACACACACCCGGACCCCCACCACCCUGCCCAGGAGCCUGCCCCUCCUUCUCCCCUGCCCGGGUGCAGGCCUCUGUCUGCUAGGGACUGCUCCAUCAGAAUCUCCCUUUCCUCCCUGGUUUCCCUCCCUCGCAGGGCCUUCUGUCUGAGGGGCCCGAAGGGGGUGGGGAGCCGGAGGUCACCCACACCAGUGCUCAAGGUUGUGGGGGGGGCGUGCGGGCAGCUCUUCUUGUCUGUACCCCCUUUCCCCUUCCCUCUCCCUGGGGCCACUGGGGACAAGAGACAGGAUGCUCUGACAGCAUCUCGAAUUAUGAA